AUGGCGCAGGCAGCAGACUACGAUGCGACCGGAGUUGAGAUCUAUGAGAUUCCAGACUUCAGCUUUGCCGAUGGGACAACACUGCAUAACGUCAAGGUUGCGUAUCGAUCCUACAACCGCGCCUCAAGUGAAGGAGUGGUCUUGAUCCCGACCUGUUAUGGCGGGAUCAUCAAUGGAACCCUGACUUGGACCGAAGCUCCAUUCGACGCUUUAUCCAAGUAUCAUGUUGUCGUGGUGGCCAUGCUUGGCAAUGGCGAAUCUGCUUCGCCUUCAAACAAGGCUAUGUUCCCUGAGCCGGGUGAGCUGCGAUACCAGGAUCUGGUCAAUGCUCAGCAUGCUCUAUUGACCCAGCAUUUGGGUGUCAGUCAGCUCGAAGCUGUCAUUGGCUUCAGUAUGGGUGGACAGCAGGCCUACCACUGGUCUGUCAUGUAUCCUGACUUCAUGAAGCGGGUCAUCCCGAUCUGCAGUUCGGCUCGGACAAGUCCUCACAACUACGCGUUCCUCGAGGGGCCCAUCGAGGCUCUGAUGAAUAGCAUUGACUAUGUGGCAGUACAGGCGAUGAAACAGAAGAUUGCAAGAGGAGAGGAUAUUGGGGCCAAUCUAAGGGAAGUGAAGCCCAAACGAGGCUUGCGGGCUUUCGCUCGUGCCUAUGGCGGCUGGCUGACAAGCACGCACUGGUUUCGUGAACGUUUAUGGGGAAAGGUCGACGGCGGCUUGGGCUUCAACAACGUCGAAGAGUGGAUGUCAGCGCGCGAGGUGGGCUACCUGGGCUGGGAUGCAGAUGAUCUGCUCGUGCUGGCUCGCAUGUGGCAACUCGGUGACAUUAGUACGGUGAUACCUGGAGAGACCGAGAUGUCACAGCUAGGUGGCGGCGUCGUCAGCGAUGAGAAGCUGCACAAUGCGUUACGAAGUAUCAAGGCAAAGGUUCUACUGCUACCGUGCCAGACAGAUCAGUACUUCCCACCUGAAGACUCUCAGGAGGAGGUGAAGCAUCUGGCUCAGGGCAAGUGUGAGCCCAUCCCGAGCGUGUGGGGACACAUCGCAGGAGGAGGAGCCAACCCCAAAGAUGUUGCGUGGUUGAACGACCAGAUCAAGGGCUUCAUGGACUAG